AUGGCAGAAGCUACACGUUUCAAGGAUGUACAGGCUGAGGUGAAAAAUGUGCAGGUUGAGGUGAAAGCGUUAGCUGAGUACAUGGAUCAGAUGGAGAAAUCCGCAAAGGAAAGAAUGGACGGCAUUGAUACUAAUAAUAACGCGCGGUUUGAUCGAUUAGAAUCGACUUUAGAUGUUUUAACGAACACUACUCAGCCUCGUUUUGACAAACUGGAAAUGGCAAUCGAGAACUUGAGCAGGAAUUUGAGCUCCACGAAUCGUCACUCUGAGAUAUUGGGUGAGACUUCACCUAUUGGUGCAGGUUCCUCCUGGACCGGCCACUCUGGCUCUGCCAAGACCAUUAAACUUGACUUUCCAAAGUUCAGUGGGGUGGACCCGACUACGUGGAUUUUUCGCGCCGAACAGUACUUUGAGUACUACCAUACGCCCGAUAUACAGAAGAUCAUCAUCGCCUCAGUGAAUUUCGAAGGUGAGGUGGUUCCGUGGUUUCAAAUGCAGCAGAAGGCAAGGUUGAUUACCAGUUGGCAUUCUUUGGCUCGUGCUAUAGAAAAUGAAUAUGGACCUUCUCCAUAUGAUCAGCCUCGGGUUUGGUUAUUUAAGCUCUUGCAGACAGGGUCCACUGAUGAGUAUUACCGGGAAUUCUUGACUCUCGCCAAUCGAACAGAAGGCGUCUCUGACGAAGCACUGUUAGAUUGUUUUACUGGUGGCUUGAAACCGGAGGUCAGACGCUAUGUCGUCAGUCAAAGACCGUAUAAUCUUAUGCGGGCAACCGAGCUGGCUAAAUUGUUUGAUGCAAAAAUUGGACUCCCAAUGGACACAACCAAGCCCAUCGCAUCGGGCCCAACUAGAGGGGGGUAUUCUAAACCCUUCACUACCGCCACGACCAGUGUAUCUUCUGCUUCACCGCCAGUGAAAACCACUCUUCCUCCUCUGUUACCCACCCCCGCCAUUAAACCAAUGACCUCUAUCAAACAGAUGUCCCCUGCCGAGAUGUUGAUACGACGGGAGAAGGGUUUGUGUUAUACGUGCGAUGAGAAAUUUUCCCCCACUCAUCGUUGCCCCAACAAGCAGUAUAUGUUAAUGGAGUGUGACGACAGUGAAGGACAGGUCCCGGAGAUGACGCCACAUGCUCUCAAUGGCGGGAAUGAGGAAGCCACUAGCAUCCAUCAUCUUUCUCUUCAUGCCUUCCAAGGACAACAAGGUAAGGCUACCAUUCGCUUCGAGGGGUCUAUCCAUGGGUCGGCGGUUCAGGUUCUGUUGGAUGGCGACAGUUCCGAUAGUUUUGUGCAUCCACGUAUCGUAAAGCAUCUCCAGUUACCUGUUGAAUCUGUGGGUCACGUGCGAGUGAUGAUUAGCGACGGUCAUUCCAUGAAAGGUGAGGGUGUGGUCCGUGUUCUUCCUGUACAAAUACAGGGCCACACAAUCGAAAUCCCUGCUUACGUAUUGCCUAUUGCGGGUUCUGACGUAGUGAUUGGCGCUUCGUGGUUGGCCACUUUGGGUCCUCAUGUGGCAGAUUAUACGAUUGGGCGGUCUAAGAUUAAAUUCUUCAAUAAUGGGACCUUUGUUACUCUUCAAGGGAUGGUUCAACCGUCUAUCACUCGGGCCGACUUCCAUCACUUACAGCGCCUUGUUCAUAUGGAUGCGGUAUCUGAGUUUUUCAUGCUGCACUUGGAUAUACAGGGUGAGCACGAUUUGGGUUUGGAUGACAGUAUACCAGGAGACAUGAAAAGUUUGUUACACAACUAUCAGGAGGUUUUUACUAAGCCUACGGGCCUACCUCCACAGAGAGCACUGGAACAUCGGAUUAUAUUACAGGAAGGUGUGGGGCCGGUGAAAGUACGCCCUUAUCGAUAUCCUUUUAGCCAAAAGGAUGAGAUUGAAAGGAUGGUCACUGAAUUACUACAAGAUGGGUUGAUUCAACCUAGCACUAGCCCGUUCUCUGCCCCUGUUAUAUUAGUCAAAAAGAAAGACGGUACAUGGCGGUUUUGUGUUGACUACCGAGCUCUUAAUGCGGUCACGAUCAAAGACUCUUUCCCCAUGCCCACUGUGGAUGAAUUGUUAGACGAAUUAGGAGGCUCCACUUGUUAUUCUAAAUUGGACUUACGCUCUGGGUACCAUCAGGUACUGAUGCAUGCCGCUGAUAGAGAAAAGACAGCUUUCCGGACCCAUCAAAGUUUAUAUGAAUGGCUUGUCAUGCCUUUCGGAUUAACAAAUGCGCCAGCCACAUUUCAAGCUCUUAUGAAUUCAGUUUUUCGUCCAUUCUUGCGUAAAUUUGUGUUGAUCUUCUUCGACGAUAUCUUAGUUUACAGUACUGGGUGGGAACAGCAUUUGCAGCAUGUGGAAGAGGUUCUAAAAUUAAUGGCUGCCAAUCAUCUUUUUGCUAAAAUAUCUAAGUGUUCUUUUGGCCUCAACUCUGUGGAAUAUCUGGGACAUGUUAUAUCAUCCAAGGGAGUUGAUAUGGAUUCCACCAAAAUUUCUGCCAUUCAACAAUGGCCCCCUCCCCGUACUGUUACCCAAUUGAAAGGCUUCUUAGGACUGUCUGGUUAUUAUAGGCGUUUUAUUCGCCAUUAUGCAGAGUUAGCCUGCCCGCUGACCAAGUUGUUACAGAGAGACUCCUUUCACUGGACAGAGGAAGCCCAACACGCUUUUGACCAACUAAAGUUGGCGUUGACUACAGCCCCUACGUUGGCCCUACCGGAUUUUACACGGCCCUUCAUACUAGAGACUGAUGCUUCGGGAAAGGGGAUUGGCGCUGUACUGCUUCAGGACAAACACCCUAUUGCUUAUUUUUCGAAGCAACUAUCCCCGAGAUUACAAGCUCAAUCGGCUUAUGUCAGGGAAUUGUAUGCUAUUACUCAAGCUGUCUCAAAGUUUCGGCACUAUCUUGUGGGACACCGUUUUGUCAUUUGGACUGAUCAAGAGAGUUUGAAGCAUUUGGGAGGGCAAGUGAUCCAAACCCCAGAACAGGAGGCUUUUCUACCUAAACUAAUGGGGUAUGAUUAUACCAUUGAGUACAAGAGGGGCAAAUCAAACAUUGUCGCUGACUCUCUGUCUCGCGUUGACUGUAUGGCAAUGAUGCAGAUUUCUUCUUCUCUCAUGAAUGACAUUCUAUCUGAUUUGCGGUCUGACCCUACUGUGCAGGAGAUGAUAAAACACCAUAUGCAGAACCCCCCAUCUGACUCUGAUUACGAGUUUCGGGAUGGUUUAUUAUAUAAAAAGCAUAGGCUGGUGAUUCCUACUACUGCCACACACAUUAUCAGGAAGUUAUUGCUUGAGUUCCACGCCUCUCCCCUUGGUGGUCACUCGAGUACCUUGCGUACUUACCACAGAAUGGCUACUGUUUUCUACUGGCCUCGAAUGAAGUCUGAUAUUCGGGACUUUAUCAAACAAUGCCUCAUCUGUCAACAGGCGAAAGGUUUGCAACUUCAUCCUGCUGGUCUCUUGUCUCCGUUACCUAUCCCUGAUCAAGUCUGGGAUGACAUUGCUAUGGAUUUUAUUACUGCCUUACCUCUAGUGCGUGGUCAUUCUGUCAUUUUUGUGGUGAUUGAUCGUCUUUCUAAAUAUGCCCACUUUAUGCCUUUGAAACACUCCUAUAAUAGUCAGCAUGUUGCCAAAGCUUUUAUACAUUCUGUUGUUAAGUUACAUGGAUUCCCAAAAACUAUUGUUUCGGAUAGGGACAAGGUUUUUUUAAGUGCGUUUUGGUGCCAUUUGACUACUUUGCAUGGUACUAAGUUGAAUAUGAGUUCUGCUUACCAUCCUCAAUCGGAUGGUCAAUCUGAGGCUUUGAAUAAGUGUUUAGAAAUGUAUUUGAGAUGCUUUGUAUUUGACUGCCCUCGACACUGGUUGGACUAUCUCCCAUGGGCCGAAUUUUGGUAUAAUACCUCUUAUCAUACAGCGAUUGGGAUGACCCCGUUUAAAGUAUUAUACGGCAGAGAUCCCCCAUCGAUUCUGCCUGCUGCAUUUUCCUCCGAGGUUCCCACUGAUGUCAUGGCGCAGUUGCAACUCCGUGAUGCUAUUUUACUGCAGUUGAAACAGAAUCUGGGGAGGGCACAAAUCCGAAUGAAGAAAUUUACUGAUAGAAACCGCACGGAAUCACAUUUUGAAGUGGGUGAUUUUGUCUUCGUGAAACUUCAACCGUAUAGGCAAAAUUCUGUGGCUUUGCGAAAACAUCAAAAACUUGCAAUGCGGUACUUCGGUCCUUUUCCUAUUACUCAUAAAGUGGGUUCUGUCGCCUACAGAUUGCAGCUUCCGGACACAGCAAAAAUCCACCCAGUCUUUCAUGUCUCUAUGCUGAAACCUUAUGAGAGACCUAUCACGACUCCGUAUGUUCCCUUGCCUUUAAUGACUGAACCUGAAGGUCCUAUUAUUCAACCUGCGGCUGUUCUCAAUUCGCGGUCCAUUUUAAUUGGGGAUACUUGGGUCCCUCAAAUUCUGGUUCAAUGGGAUGGCAUCGACCACACUACUUGGGAACCUCUACAUGAAUUCCAGCAACUAUACCCUGCUUUUGACCUUGGGGACAAGGUCCAAUUCGUUCUGGGGGGUAUUGUUAUGGACCAGGCCACAAACCAGGAUGAGGUGGGCUAUAGUGGGCCGAAUGAUGAGGUGGGACCACGACGCAGCACUCGUGAACGUAAGCUCACAUGGAAAAUGCGGAAGGAACCGAAAUACCUCUCCCAAACUCCCAAUUCAAUCCACAAUGUGCCUCCUUUGAGAAAGCCUAACGCUAAAGAGAACCUUACAAAAGGUAAUAGCGGGGACCACACUAAAAACCUUGCAUCAGAGAAGGCUCGGAAAGUUAAGAAGAAUCCCCCAUGCCUAUACCAGUGGCAAUCUGGGAAGAAAUCCGAUUCUAAAACUGGCCAAAAAUCCAUGUCCUCUUCUGUUCUGAAUAACCAUUGCAAUUUUCUUCCUCGACUGCCAUCUGGAUUUGGAGAGUCAAUGCUGCAGGAAGAGAGACUCAAGAGGAUAAAUGACAAUGACCAUAAGUGUUCCCAGCUCAAAUCUUGUCAUAAUGAAGCAACUUUGACUCCUCUGAGUAAAAGGGUGUCUGAGUCAGAUUUGGAUAUUGUACGUGAUGAUGGGGAUGUUAAAGAGAACUCAAACACAAGCCCUAGUAAAACACCUCCAAUUCAAAUUUCUGUUUCCCCUGAGAUACAAUGUGGUUCUUCUUUGGUUUCAGCUACUACACCAGCUUGUUAUGGUGCUGGCUAUAUAGUUUCUGGUGUCACUGACAAAAGAAAAUGCAGGCCUCGGGGUAUUCUUAUUGUGGGAGAGGACAACCCUCACUUCAAUUAUGGGACUGCUGAUAGUUUUGAUGAUGGUAAUGGGAAUGAAAUAAUGAGCACCGCCACCAUGUCAGCACCUCUUUGUUGCCCCUGCCAAGUGAAGCUUCGAUGUAUUGGGUUUGUUCACCUCAUAACAAUGAGGAUAAAGAUGCCACGAAGACAUCUGAAAAUGGAGCAAGUCAAGUUCAGAAGCAAAGCAUCUAGCUCAAUUUCUCCUAGCGGGCUCCCUGAAUUUCAAGGAUUUUCAGAUUCACUAUUAUCACCUUCUUAUUUACCCAUAUUCUUUUCUCCCAAUUCAACGUCUAGCUGCAAGGCAGGUGGCUCAGGAAAGGGCAAAACUUUUCAACACAAUCGUAUUGAAGAGAACUCUCCAUACUCACUCAAUUCAUUGAGUAGUGGAAAUGUUAUUCAAACUCCACAGUCAGACUUCAGUUCAGAUAUCCAUGUUGGCAUGCCACGGGUUCAUGGAGACUAUCUGAAGAAAAGCAAUUCUAAGCUUGACCUUGAUUCCAUAGGUGAAGCCAUUCCAUCAGCAAGCUUCAUGUCUGUGCCAUUGGGGGAUUCUAUUAAUUCAAGUUUCCAAUUUGAUUGUUCAGCUCUGCCUUCUGAUUCAAUCGAUGUCUGUAAACUUCCGAAAUUUUUGGAUGAUCAGGUUCCUUGGUUAUCGAGUUCUACAAUUGACACAGCAUCACAGUCUCAAAUGAGGAUAUCAUGGAGGGAAGGGUUAAUGAGCCAACUUUAUGAGAUGGAUGACUUUGAUUGUUGCAAAUGCUUGUCAGAUGAGGAAGACCUUGCUAAUGAUUGCAACAGCAACGAUUUACCCAUCCAUUAUGUUCCUAAAGUCAAUGACAAAGUAGACUUUGAUAAAAAGUUGGAUAGUGAUGUCAAAAUCACUGAAACUGAUGAUAAACCGCUGAGAAUUGAGGGAUUGGGCAAAGAAAUAUCUCCAGGUCUGCUAUCUUGUUCGGAGGCUGAGUCUAUAAGCACUGAUGGAACUGGUCUGGUUGCUUCAAGAGAUGAUUCAGAUUGGAUGUUAUGCUACAAGAAUACAUUAUUUGAAGAUUAA